CCCCCCUUCCUUCUAGUUUUCAAAAUAGUCAGAGGAGACUAUUUUCGGACCUCAAGUGUGCAGGUGUGGCACGCUGGCAUAUCGGUCAAAGUGUUUCGUCAGAUUUCUCUCUUUAUUCACUAUUUAUAUAUUUAUUUAGUAAGUUAAUGACUCACACAUAUAUAUUUAUUUUUCAAAAAAGGUUUUCACGGUCCCGUACUUACUCUCAUUUACUCUUUAAAAAAGAGUGUAGUGUUAAGGGUUCAUUGCUGCCGUUCCAUUUUUUCUAUUUAUUAUACUUGAUAUUAAAAGUCCAAUUUGUUCAAUUGUUAUUGUAGGAUGAGAGGUUUGCAUUCAGUAAAGAUAUCCAACUGGACUCUGUCUUUGCUGCUGUAAAGGCAAAAGUUCCUCAGGUAAAACCAUUCUUAUUAGUGUACUAGAGCUAACCUACAGACUAGCCUCAAGGAGUAUAACGACAUUAAAAUUAAUUGUACGAGAAACGGUUACCCCGCGUGACACAUGCCUCCAUUGUAAAGUAGAUUCAUAGUCACUUGAGUACUCAGUUUUUUUGCAGUUAUUGGAAGCGAACGAGGCACCUUCAUCUUCGAAUAUUUUAGGACCUGAAUGUAGUCAAUGCAUCAGUGUUAAUUGUCGUAAUAUCCAUGACCAGAGGCACUCUAAAGAACUGUGAGAUUCAGUUAAACUACGGAUAUAUUUUUGUCUUUUCUCAGGUUCCUCUGAGUUCAGCAGUAAGCUGUCAAGUCAUAAGCGAGUUUCGCUCCCUGACUGACAUCUGUGACGUGCUGUCAUCUUUGGACAUUGCCAUUGGUUUUCUAUCUUCCACUGGGGGAGCCCCUGAAAGGCUCCUCAGUACCUAUCUAGGAGGGGUGCUACGCAUGCAACAAAAUACUCUACGGAGUUUGAAGGUAUAAACUGUAGCUACAACUCAAGUUAAGUUUGUACAGUAAAGACUUGACUUUUGCAGCAACCUUCGCGUUUGUGUGCCCGAUUUUCCUCUUUCCCUUUCCCUUUCGAAUGCAUAUCACUCCGGGUAUUCUGUUGCCAACAGAUUCCUCUCGGGUUGAAUCCAAUACAUUCUACGUGUCUUUUUUCUUCUAUUUUCUCUUUCAGGCCCAGCAGUACUGUCAGUUACGUCACGUGAUCUCUCUCUGGCGACUUCUCACCCUUGAGAGAGCCAGAAUUCUUAUAAGGCGAGGCGAGGUAAGGAAUAUUUUAUAUUUCCAUUUUUAACUUACAUUUAACCUUUGCACGACAUUCGCAAAGACUUCGUAACAACAUUCAGCUGAGGAAUUAUCAACUUUCUCAUCAAAACAAAACUAAAAACAAGGAGACUUAAAAGCGACUUCUUACUAGAGUACCGAAGUGUGACGUCAUAAAAAAUGAAAUUUGUGAAAUUAUGGGAUUUGUUACGCUAUUCUGAAAGAACAACGUCCAAGACGCCUACUCGCCAAAAAUUAGCAAUUUGGGGCAAAUUGUCUCUGAGAUAUUAGCCCAGUUAUGCUCCGAUGACUCCAUACAAAUCCUUCUAAAUUUGGCUUGGUUCAUAAGAUUAGGAACCAGGUAAGAUUUAGAAGGAUUUGUAUGGAAUCGUCACAGCAUAACUGGGCUAAUAUCUCAGAGACAAUUUGCCCCGAAUUGCUAAUUUUUGGCGAGUAGGCGUCUUGGACGUUGUUCUUUCAGAAUAGCUUAACAAAUCCCAUAACUUCACAAAUUUCAUUUUUAUGACGUCAUCACUUCGGUACUCUCUUGAGUGUCGUAUAAUAAACGAGAAAGUAGUUACUCCGUGCAAUCGAAACAAACGCAAAUAGCCAAUUAAACCAAUCAGACCUCCAAGACUGUAUAUACAUACGAUAUUAGACCCAAAGUAGCUUAGAACAAGCUCUGUAUUUGGGGAAUAUUGUUAGGAGUCGCGCACGAGCGGGUAGCGAAAAAAGGCGCGAGGGCACGGGGCUUUGCCACUCACUCACGCAAUCUCUUGCGACUCGCCUCGCUCGUUACUCGAAAUACAGAGCUUGCUUACACUUGCUUAACACACCACGAUUGAUUUAAGUUUUUUUCAGUUGUUAAUCUAAGUAAUGUAAUCCUGUAAGAGAUGUGUAAACAGCAAUGCUUUAAGUAAGACUUAACUUUCAGUGUUAUUGCCUAUGCAGGAUCCGUUUGAGCAGAUUUCGGACAAAUACAAACAGGUCAUGUCCCGACCUCAGCUGAUGAAGUUUAGCAGUGGAAUGAGAAGGAUUGACUUGGAUCGCUUUGUCUGUGAGGUCCUAGAACUUAUUUUGCUAAACUUAAGAGGUGAUGCAGUCCCCGGAGAAGAAGAAAUGAGGUAACUUUGGAGAGAUUGCUUCUAUUACCACUAGUAUGUCUAUGCUUGACGUCGUCAUCUGUGGAAUGUUUAUCUGUAGUUGGCUAUUUACCAGCAUGAACGCGGAGUUUUAUGUUGGACUGUCGAGAAGCAAGUCUUGAUAGUGAUCAGAGAUGUACUCGACCCUAGGACCUCUGGAUUGCAAGUGUAACGUCCACGCUGCUCCCCCUCCCUCCCCUAACUACUAUUGUUGAUCAUAUUAAGAAGUUAAGCUACACCAAAGAUUCAGAGAGAUAUUUUAUCUGAUAUAGUCCAGAUUACAAAACUCGGCUUGUGUUCCAACCCACUCCCCAGUGGUUAAAUAUGACCUGGAUAAUUUGCGUAUCAUCUUACAACGGCUGUGUCUCAUUUUAUUCAGCUUGGGUGAAUACAUCGAGUGGCAUCUUGACAACAAAGGACAUGAACCAGUGCCAGGACUGGACGAAUUGCCAUCGGAAGUGCAACUAAAGCACGUGAUCAACGCUUGGAGAACCUCUGUUGAACUGUGUGACAAUUAUCACGACAAGCGAGACGCUGCUAACGCUUGA